AUGGAUUUAGAUCUAGACGUCUUGGGUCGCAAGCUCAAUGCCGUGCUAGACACCCCCAACGAACAUCCCAUCUCCCGUCACGCGUCACCGACACCGUCCCUUGCCAGCACGUCUUCCGAAGCUCUUCAAUAUCAUCAAGCAGUCUAUCGAGAGCCCAUAUCGGAAGAAGAGCGGGCACGAAGAAAGGAAGCAAGCGACCGCGCGUCCACUAUCACCUUCGGCGACGCAGCUGCACGGGCAGCGCGCGAAAAGCAAGAGCUAGAACGAUACGAUGCGCGCAAGCGUCUUGGAAUGCGCGGUUGGGGUGCCUCGAACGGAUUCGAGGAAGAGACGUCCAAACUCACCGCACUCCGUAAAGCAGAGGAUAGUUCGAGGAGCAUUUCGGCAGGAGCAUUUACGCCAGCAUGGACCCAGAGCGACCAACUCGCCCUGGAAUGUCAGCGGCAACAAGAAGACUAUCGUAAAUUCGCUAAUGUGUCGUCGAUUUUUCUGACUGGCACCGAGGACUUUGACGACGACGACGAUGAGAUCUUACGUUAUCGACUGAGGAACCUGACGUCCUUACUACGAGUCUACGACUCCCUGUGGCAGGAGUCCCAGAAUCGGCUGCAGGAACCCACGGACAAGAAGCAGCAGUCAGCAGAGGGCGUGGCCGAGAACAUGGUCGAUGCUCGCGAGCUCGCAGUGGGUGGGACACAAAGGAAUGAACCGGCAGCGGAUAGAAGUUCUGGUUCAGUUCACUCCACGAAAUUUCCUGAAGCUGCUGGGAAAGGACGGACAACCCCUCGGCGACAAUCCAAAAUCGCGGUCAAUUCAGCUAAACCUUCACUUGUUGCUAAGACUGCGAAGAAAAGGCAGAAGAAACAACCGUAUGUCCCUGAAGUCGGUGAAGUCUCAAGCGUGAUACCUCCUACGAACCCGUCAACUCGCGUCCUCCGCCAGAGACCUGAGCGCAAAGUUGCGAAAGCUGCGAAAGUUGCUGCAGGAACGGGGAAUUCUGCGAAACCUCAAGGAGUCUCCAAAGCCAAACAAGCCAGAAAUACGCGUCGGAAGUCAAAGAAAGACUAG